GAAAGGCGAAGAAGAAUGAAAAACUUGGCAUACCAGUGCGAAGGCAUUGGGGGGAAAAGUUAGGUCAAAAAAAAGUGCUGUUUUCUCGUUGUGGAGUUAUGCGUUAGUACACGAGAUCAUGUUGAGUGUGGCUCCGUUUACGUGCGCCUCUCGGAACGGGGAAUAAUUUUCUUGGUUCCAGAGUUUUGGAGUAAGUUUUUGAGAAACUUGAGACCGGCAGGGGACUGUCAUGUCGCUCAGUGUCAUCCUGGAGGAGCCUUCGGGUUUUCAGGAGGGCGAUUUGGAGUUUGUUGGUCGCGUACCUCGCUCACCGAGACGACCUCACACAUACAGCGGGAAGAAACGGGAGAAAGCCGGCGGACGGCAUGGCUCGCCAACCGGUCGGUACAUCAGGGCGGCUGCUGGUAGAAGCCUGGGCGGGCUCCGGCCUAACAGUCAGUCUUAUUUCCCAAAUGCUCCGGGCGCCGGGCCAAGACGUAGGAACCCAGAGCCCAGAGUCAUCGGCUUUGCUCGCAAUCCUCGCCACCCCAAGAGCUUGUAUGAUACCGAGAUCAGCAUGCGGCACUUCAUGAAGGGGGCACCGAAGGUGACUUCGGAGAUGUCCUUUCCCGAUCCGAAGAACCGGGGCUUACGUAACCCGAUGGCCCCGCGUUUUCACCAUGAGUUCGAUCUGACCGCGGAGGAUUAUGAAUUCCAGAUUAACCCAAUGGCUGGUGUGGACAUGGAUGUCCUCCUGUCGGGGCCAUCCAUGGCGGGGACUUAUAAUGUCAACCGGGGUUUUGACGAAACAGCCGAAGAUGGCAUUGACAGCACGGAGCAGAGUAGUGACAGCGAAGAGGCCGAAUCAGAUCGUGGCGAAGGUGCUGAUGAUGUCAGCGUGGACGACUCCGCGCCAAGGAGAGCCGAGGAGGCCCCGAGGGGAGACAGAGCCAUCUAUUCAUCGGUGAAUAAGUUCCGGUCAGCCCCGCAACCGGUAGCGGACCCGAUACGCUCGGAGCCGCCGCCGUUCGCGCCGCGACCCCCGCCGCCACCAGAUCAGCCCAUGGUGAUACCACGCGCAGUGGCGAGUCAAGACGAACCCCCGAGCUAUCUGCCACAGCAACAAGACGUCCAGCUAGAAUCGAAGGAGGUUCAGGUUCAACUGGAGGCUCUUCACACCCUGGCCGAAGAAGAAGAAGACCAGCAAGAGAUGGAACAACUCGAAGUUGAUGACAGCCAAGAAAUAGAAGCCCAGGUUCUUCGAGACAUGAGCACACAGACGAACGUCACUGUGCAAGACGUCAGCGAGCCUGUUGAGCAAGACGAGGCAGAGACAGACGACCGGUUCAUCCAGAUCGGAGACGGUCGGGAAGACAGCGCCACCAUGACCCACGGGAACUGGGAAGCCGUGGCACCUUGGUCUCAGCGCUCCUCCGGCCAGGCGGUGACACGCAGCGAAAGCCUGGCUGUUAACUACCGAAGGGUCGUGGCUGAACUGAGCGGUGCAGAGCGACCAAGGGAACCCCAAGACGAACCACCAAGACGCCAGGAAUCGGAGAGAAGGCAACCACGCGAGGAACGCACAUUACCCGCCCGGGGUGAGCCGCCGCCCUGGUCGCCUCCCAUUGUACCCCAAGUGGAGCAGAUACUACGCCCCAUGGAGGACGACAUGAGGAAUUACCCGCCGCCUUCUAGGGAGUGGGACCCCCCGUCGAGGCGCUAUUACCAUGGCAACAGGGUGUCCAUGGCCGAUAUCUGCAAUCGGUGUUGUUUCGUCAUCCUACUGCUGUUAGCUGUUGGGGUGAUCGUAGGCAUCAUAGUGGUGACCGCGUUAUAUGUCUCUUCAACUGACUGCGGUGAACAGCCAUGCGGGUUGCUUCAGCAACCGGGAUACUUGGCCGGUUUUGUGGCGUUGGGAGCACUGGCUAUUCUGAUCUUGUUCGCGUUGUUCACGUGGUGCUGUUACAACGUGACUCGGAGGCAACGUAACCAGCACAAAUACCGGCCGAGGGAGAGACAAAUGUAUUGGCAGUGAAACUUUGAAAUCGGUCGAGAAAUUAACGAAUACACUACCGAACAAGGCCCAACUUCACUGUGUGUUUUUUUCACGCACAUGACUUGUGUAUCCUUUGGACGUGGUCCGAAAUGCUUGGGCAAUCGAUUUUUGACCGUGCACGCAUGGUUA